CCCCCCGGCCCCCGUCGCGCGGGCCCUCUGCCCCUGAUCCGCCCCAUUUCGGCCCGCAAGGACCAGGCAGAGGCCAUCCGCUUCCACUUGGGGGACGAAUGGCCCGUGCCCCCCUCUUCGCCGCGAGGAGGCCGGCCCGGGUGACUGCGCACGGGACACCAGUGUCCGGGCCGGGAGCCACGGCGAAGUGGAAGCGGUGUGGCACCGAGGCCCGUGUCCUCCUGGGGGGGGCGUGCGCGGCUCUCGCUUCCACCUUCCUCGGUCCGUCCAGCCCGCAGCACGGCGCGAGGCUCCCUGCGUGGUCGCGCGUUUGGUCGCCUGCCCCGCCGCCCGACAUGUCCCCGCGGGACCCGGAUCCGGGGCGCUUUUCUGGCGAAUUGCCAGGAGGGCCCGGAGCACUCGGGCAAAUGAUUGUCACCGGACAGACCGCUGAAACCUCGCCGUCACUCGGAAGGGACGAGAAAGCGACAGGCUGGUGGGACGGCCGGCGCAGUCGGCAGCACAGGUGGCUCAGGUCCAAGGGACCCAUUGUAAACUGCAGCGCAGGGCUUGAGCAGACCCAUCCGCCUUGGGCCGCAGGCGCCUUGCUCCUGGUGGGUCGGGUCCAGGCAAGUCACACCAGCUGCCUCCCCCACUCACCCCCAAACCACUUGCCCCAACCUGUCCUCCACACCUGCUCCCCCCCCACCAAGCUUCUUACAAACCCCAGCUGGCACCCUCCACCUCACCCCCAAACACUUCUCUGCUGCCCCCAUGCCCAGCCCACUCUACACACUGCUCCCCACGCACUCGCACUCUGGGCCAAUGCAAGGACCAGCAGGGCAGUUUCCACAAUGCUGUGACCCCCCGAGGAGGAUGUCCUGAUUCAGUUCAGGACCAGAUUUUAAGUCAAUGAUUGCAGCAUUAAAAAGGAAAGAGAAAGAGAGCCAGAGGCCCCAGCAGCCCCGCGGAGAGCGCCUUUCACAGGAUCCAUGGCCUUUGUGUCUUCCUAGGAGGGAAGUCGGCCAGGAAGAGGCCAUAGGUGAGACAGGCCCACGUUAGCCCAGCAACUUAGCCACAGAUCAGGUUACAGGCCUCAGGUUUGCUUCCAAUUACACCGUUUAAGUGAAAAAAAAAUCUGGUCUAAUUUUUAUCUCCAAGGAGCACUGGCCCCAAGAACUUCCAUUUCUAAAGACCAGCUCCUGACGGUGUUUCAUUAGCGUUUGGGGCUGGCUCCCCCUUGCCCCCCCACAACUCCCCCCCCCAUCUCUGCCAGGGGCAGAAAAGAAAACAGCGAAUUAUUACAAAAACAUCCCCCGUUUGAAGCAGAAGCUCCGAUACACUCGAUUCUGACAUCAAUUAAGUGUAUAACCAGACAUGGGCACGUGGCUUUGGAGGGCCCCACGUCGCCAGGGUGCAUCUCCAGAAAAGGCCGCCGGCUCCUCGCCCGCCCUGCAGCUCAGCGCUGCCGAUUCUGAAGACGCUCUCCUCUGAGUGUAUUUUUUUUUUCUCCAGCAAUUAUACUCCUCCACUGAAAUCUAAAUUUUCCGUACUGCUGCCUGCUACUAAUAAAAACCGUCUACCUCGCACUAUUAAACAGUCGAAUCGCGCUACACGCCGUUUUUAUUGGUAGCGACUGUAGCAAAUUAAAAUGCCUGCGCAGAGACAUUCAAACUUAGGCUUUGCAUUGUUAUCGGGAUAUAUAAACUCCGUUUCGCUUUAAAGAUCUCCGAUUUUUAAAAAUCAC